GUUAUGUCUUUGGUCGCGUUCAAUUUGAAGCGAUUCCAGGGCUUCUUCCAAUGAGCUCUUACAUUUUGGUUUUGCGUAGUAUGAAUUCACCUGAUAAGCGUCCAACAAAUAAAUCCCUGUCUUUUCGCGUUGAAAAUGUGCCAGAAAUUAAGAUAUGUGAACUAAAUGAGCUUUUCACCGAACCUGUUCCAGAUGAUUUUUUUAUUUUUGACAAGGAGGAGCGUGAGAAAUACGUAGAUCAAGAGAUGAUUGCUCUCAUACGCGAUGAGGCUGUAUAUAUGGAACUAAAGCGCGAUUGCGAUCUUUCUCACCUCUAUUUUGAUGGUGAAGCGUCUUCAUUAGAGGAACUCCUGAAAGUAAUUCCUAAUAGACCAGAACCAUUAGGUCAACUCAAAACAUUAAGUGAACUUCAAAAAUCAUCUAGGCUUUCUGUAUACGCUCCCAAUGCUUCGAAGUCUGUGCAUAAGCCUGAUAUCGACAUGUCCUAUCUAAAUUCCAUUGACGAAUCACCCGAAGCUCAGACUAUGCUAAAGGCGAUUGUAGCUACUAUUUUAAUCUACAAACCAGUUUCUGCAGCGGAUUCAAGCAAUAGGAAUUUGAGUAUAAGUCAACGGGUAGAGAUUUUAUCAGAUCAGACUUUAGCUCAACUUAGAGACGCUAUACGCUGCCCCCAAGACAAGGUAUGGCUUGGUGACUGUAGUGAAGCUCUCGACAGUUCAGAGUUGCAUAUUCCAGCCGAUAAUGUGUAUAGCUCUUCAUAUUUUUACAUAGAGCACAUAUUUUAUGAUGAUUUACGAAGCCCUGGAAGUUCAAGUCUCUCCGAAUGCAUAGUUAAUUGGCUAAAUACCAAAAAUAAGGACGAAAAGAAAUUUUCUUCUCGAAGCGCUGAAUCUACUUUGAUAGGGGACCUUGUCGUUCACGUUGGAAAGCCGUAUUAUUUUGUGCACCAAGGAAAUUGUGAGCACAUGGUAGUAGUUUCUGACGUCAGGUAA